AUAAAUCGACGAUUGAUCGAAGCAAUCGAAUUAAACCAUUUGCUAGACUCACGGCAGUACGCUUUUAGACAGGGCAGAGGAUUGGAUCUAUAGCUGGCCGACAUUGAAGCAUACAUUGACAGAGCUUUCACCAGGAAACAACACAGUGAUUUAGUGAUUUUAGACAUAAACAAAGCAUACGAUAAAAUAUCGAACAAGGCAAUCCUUAAGCAACUGGAACAGUGGGAAUUCACAGGACGUCUACUGAAUUACGUUCGCGACUUUCUUAAGGGUAGAUCUUUUCGGGUGGCUGUUGAAGGAAUACUCUCAGAGAAAAAACAACAAUUGAAUGGGGUACCGCAAGGCUCUAUAUUAGCGGUCACUCUUUUCUUUAUUGGAAUGAAUGGAAUUUUCAACAAACUACCAAAAGCGACCAAAAUUGUUGUAUACGCGGAUGACAUCGUUCUAUUAAUAUCCGGAAAAAAUAUUAAAGCCGUUAGAAAAGUGCUACGGAAAACACUAAAACAAAUAUCGCGAUGGGCAACUGGAACGGGUCUUUCGAUUGCAGCAGAUAAAUCGAAACAUAUCCAUCUAUGUAGGAAAAGAAAACAUCCAGCUCUUCGUGAAAGCUGUCUCAAUGGAAAAAUUAUACCAACCGACAUCGGAUCCCCGGUGGUACAAGAAAAAUCCUUCUGCACAUCGCCAAAGCGAUGAUUCUCCCAAAAAUGUUUCACGGUUGGGGACUGGUCAGCAGAGGCGGGAAUCCUGUUAGAAAGCAGAUGGAGCCGAUUUACAACAAUAUUUUGCGCAUUACCUCGGGAGCGUUUCGAACCAGCCCAAUACGGGCUCUUUGUGCUGAGUCAGGGAUGCUACCCUUUGAACUAUUAGCAUGCGAAAAACUGGUUGCUCGCUGGAAGUCCUCGAAAAUAGAAGAAAAGAAAGAUCUUGCUAAUUUUCAAGACAUUUGGCCCAUCUCCCUGAGAGCACAAAAGACGUUUGAAGGUUUGGUUCAAGAAAGAUUGCCAUCGGUAGAAACUUUUCCGUUACCCUUGAGGAAAAGCUGGAACUCACCAAGUGCAUCCAUAGAUUUAAGCGUUAAAUCUCAGUUCAAAGUAGGAGAACCAACUAGCAAGGCGAAAGCAUUUUUCAACGAUCUCGUACACCAGAAAUACAAAAAUUACAAGAAGAUGUUCACCGAUGGCUCUGUAGACGAAAAUGGCAAUGUGGGCAUUGGAUUAUCUACCGAAAGCAUCAAUAAAUGCGCCCGAUUACCUACAUGUUGUUCUAUAUUUUCUGCAGAAGCAAAGGCAAUAUGCACAGCGCUGGAGAUGUUCGAUACCGAAGACAACACCAUAAUCUUCACUGAUUCUGCAAGUUGCAUCUCGGCAAUAUCAUCAAACGUAACGAAACAUCCCUGGAUCAGGAGAGCUCAGAUCGAGAUGGAGAAAAAGAAAGUGGUUUUUUGUUGGAUCCCCGGACACACAGGAAUUACCGGUAACGAGGAAGCAGAUACAUUGGCAAACAGAGGAAGAAAUUCAGAUACUUCACGAAAAAAUAGCGGCUACCGACAGAAUCUCGCAUUGCAAAAGAAGACUCGAAACGGCAUGGGAAAUGGAAUGGCGAGGCGACAGACUCACUAAAUUAAGAAAAAUAAAACCAUCUACAGCAGCCUGGGAGGACCAAAAAGAACGCAAAGAACAAGUGAUCCUGACCCGUCUUCGUAUCGGCCACACCAAACUCACGUACGAAUGGCUUCUUAAACGGAAGGAGCAGGCAUUAUGUCAACACUGUGGAACUGCUUUAUCCGUUCAACACAUUCUAGUAGAAUGCCAAGAAUAUGAACCUGUAAGAAAGAAGAUAGGGUUAGAACAAAAUUUAUGUGAAAUGUUAAGCUACGAAAAGGAAAGAGAAGAAAAAAUCUUUGAAUUUAUAAAACAAGUAGGGUUAGAGGGAAAUAUAUAACACUGUAACGAAAU